GAAAAUGUGCAACUCUCGCGCCUGAUAGCUGCUAACUCUCGCGCCUGCUAGCGGUUUUGUUUGUGUGAUGGAGACUGCGGGAGACCCGGAACCAGAGCCGAUAAAGCUGAAGUCUUUAAAAACCACCAAACCGUUUACCGUGCCGCAGCAGGACAGGUUUGGGAACUGCAGAAGUGUGAAGGAAUUUGAGAAGCUGAAUCGCAUCGGAGAGGGGACGUAUGGCAUCGUUUACAGAGCACGUGACACAAUCACGCAUGAAAUUGUGGCCCUUAAGAAAGUGCGCAUGGAUAAGGAGAAGGACGGGAUCCCCAUCAGUAGUCUGAGGGAGAUCACUCUGCUCCUGCGCCUCAGACACCCCAACAUCGUUGAGCUCAAAGAGGUGGUGGUGGGCAGCCAUUUAGAGAGCCUGUUCCUGGUGAUGAGCUACUGUGAGCAGGACCUGGCCAGUCUUCUGGAGAACAUGCAGUCUCCUUUCUCAGAAGCACAGGUGAGGUUUGUGUGUGUGUGUGUGUUGCUCCAGGUGAAGUGUGUCUGUGUGUGUGUGUUGCUCCAGGUGAAGUGUAUAGUUCUGCAGCUGUUGAGAGGCCUGGCCUACCUGCACCAUAACUUCAUCCUGCACAGGGAUCUGAAGGUGUCCAAUUUGCUGAUGACAGAUAAAGGCUGUGUGAAGAUUGCGGACUUUGGCCUGGCACGGGUGUAUGGUGUCCCCCAGCAGCCGAUGACCCCCAAAGUCGUGACGCUGUGGUACAGGGCUCCCGAGCUGCUCCUGGGCACAAAGACGCAGACCACUGCCCUGGACAUGUGGGCAGUGGGGUGUGUCCUGGCGGAGCUUCUAGCCCAUAAGCCCUUGCUGCCUGGUAGCUCUGAAGUGCAGCAGCUUGACCUGAUUGUGCAGCUCCUGGGCACGCCCAACGACAACAUCUGGCCCGGUUUCUCUCGCCUGCCUCUGUCUGGUCAGUACAGUCUGCGGAAGCAGCCCUACAACAACCUGAAGAACAAGUUCACCUGGCUGUCAGAGGCUGGGCUCCGCCUCCUAAACCUACUCUUUAUGUACAACCCCCAGCGCAGUGUUUGUGUGUGUGGCAGGGCGUCUGCUGUCGAUUGUCUGGAAAGCUCCUACUUCAAAGAGAAGCCAUUACCAUGUGAGCCAGAGCUCAUGCCCACAUUUCCACACCAUCGAAACAAACGGGCAGGGCCUGCAAUCGAAAGCCAAUCAAAACGGACGGGGCCUGCAAGCGAGAGCCAAUCAAAACGAAGCAAAGGGGGCAGAUCAGUUGCAUCUUAGUCUUGCAAACAACUCAAAAGUGAAGUGACACCUGGCCCAGACUCUGUGUUCAGCACCACCCCUAGAACAGUUAUUCUGGACUCAGCGUCCGACUGCGCUGACGUUAGUUACAUGGACUACGACACGCAUUACCUGGCAUGGGUGUGUUAGAGCUGGAACAGAACUGAACGGUGAGGACUACACUGGGUGGGGGUGCAUGCAUGUGUAUUCAACAGUGCUCAGAUGUGCAUACAUGUAUGAUUUAUUCCAUGCGUGUAAUUUUUUACAAUUUUUACAAUUUGUGCUUCUUUUUUUUUGAGAAAAUGUAAAACCUUUUUAGUUUUGAAGUGGGUGAAUAAACAAACAGUAAAUGUGAAUCUGUCCCUCAACACGAUCCACAUGAGUUUAGUUUCAAUUAGUUCAGCUCAAAGGUCCUGCUUUUGAAAUGGAUGAAAACAGAAUAAGUUGCUACUGUCAUUUCUUUUACAAUUCAGAUUUAAUUAAUUCAGGCAAACUUGGUAGUCAUAACAGAAGACAGCUGUGCAGUCCCCGUGGCAACCAUGACCAACAACAGCGUCCCACCUUGACAUCUACAUGUACAAAGACCAAAUGACUACCCAAACAGAAACGCUGCUGUCAGAACCA